UCAAGGUGGUGGCUGCAGUUCCACCUCUGGUCUGACUGCCAUGUAUCAUGGGCGAACUACUGGUAAAGGGCCCUCCACUCCCACGCAGAUUUACCAGCAACCUCCGAGGCUUCUCAUUGUGCAUAUCUCUCUACCAUCCUGGGCUGACAUCUGCUCCAACCUCUGUGAGGCUAUGCAGAACUUUUUCUCUCUAGCCUGCAGCUUGAUGGGCCCCAGCCGCAUGUCCCUUUUCAGCUUAUACAUGGUGCAAAAUCAACACGAGUGCAUCCUCCCAUUUGUGCAAGUGAAAGGGAACUUUGCAAGGCUGCAGACCUGCAUCUCAGAGAUCCGCACACUACAGAGAGAAGGUUGUUUCAGACCACAAGGUACUUCUCUGCAGUUGGCAGUAGAAGAUGGGCUCCAGCAGUUCAAACAGUACUGCAGACAUGUGACCACAGGCUCAGCUCUGUCCUACACUUCCCUGGAGAUUACUAUUCUGACUUCCCAGCCUGGAAAAGAGGUGGUCAAACAAUUGGAGAAAGGAUUGAAAGACACAGACCUAGUCAGGGUCAGGAGGCUUCAGGUGGUUGAGAUCACGAAGGAAGCCCUAGAAUAUACAGAUUCAGCAUCCCCUAUUGAAGAGUCCAGCAAUGAUGAAAGCUCUUUCCUGGGAACUGACAUUGACCUUCAGACUAUAGACAAUGAUGUUGUCAGCAUGGAGGUUUUCUUCAAAGCCUGGCUGCAUAACAGUGGAACAGACCAAGAACAUAUUCAUCUUCUUCUUCCUUCACAGUCUUUCAGCAACAUUUCCAGAGCCAGAGAUAAGCCAAUGUGCCUGAAAUGUGAUCUCCAAGAGCGGCUUCUCAGCCCGUCCCUACUGCCUGGCACAGCUGAUGGCUCCCUGAAAAUGGAUGACCCCAAAGGAGACUUCAGCACACUCUACCAGAUGGCUUCCCAGUCAUCGGCCUCUUAUUACAAGCUCCGGGUGAUCAAGGCUUUAAAAUCCAGUGGGAUGUGCGAGUCAGUGACGUAUGGUCUCCCAUUCAUCCUCAGACCCACAAGCUGUUGGCAGCUGGACUGGGAUGAGCUAGAGACAAAUCAGCAGCAUUUCCAUGCUUUGUGUCACAGCCUGCUGAAAAGAGAAUGGCUGCUGUUGGCCAAAGGGGAACCCCCGAGCCGAGGCCACAGCCUGAGAGAGGCUGCCACCACCUUCUAUGUGAUCAUGCCAUCACGCUCCCCCACUCUGCUGGUAAAGGCAGUGGCCACGCGGGAACUGAUGCUGCCCAGCCCCUUCCCCCUGCUGCCUGAGAACCCGCCUGAUGACAGCCUUAAGAUCGUGGAGAGCUUGCUGGACGGCCUGGAGCUAGAGCCCACCUACAACCCCUUGCAGGUUUGGAGUCACCUGUACUCACACCUGAGCAGAACCUUUGCCAAGCCCCAGAGCCGACUCCACCCAAGCUGGGAGAGCCGGGCCCUGAGAAAGCCUGGGCAACUGCAGACAAAUCGAGUUCGAGCCACAGUGGCCCCUCUACCUAUGACUUCAGCCCCUGGCAGAGCCCCCAAGAUACCAGCGGCCAGCAAAACCUCCACAGAAGCCUUCUUGCAGCUUUCUGAGGAGGAGGAAACGGAGGGGGAGGAGGAGGAUCCCUCAGGGCCUUAAGCACAGACCUUGGCUGCCCUGCUCAACCACAUCCACGCGAGCGCUUACGUGCCGGUGUUCUGAGGUCAGACUUGCCUUCCACCCACCUGAGCCUCUGUGAGCUCCAGGUGACUGAGAAACUGCCUUCCCCUCUGUUCUCAGUGCUGCUCCCACCCCACUCAGCCUGGGAGGGCACACCCACGCCUCCUGCUUCUCCAAGUGGGGACUCAUUUUCUUUUUUUUGUCGUUUUCUUUUGGGUCAUUUGAUUCUGUUAACACAGAUGAAGAUUAAACUCUCAGUACACCAACACCACUGUUAGGAGCAUUUCAGGCCCCGAAUUUCUCCCUGUAGCUGUGUAAGCAGAUGGAUAUCAGAUCAUUUUUGGGAAGUGGUCUCAGAAGACAAGGAUGAGCAGCUUUCAAAGCUCAUGGAAAACGAGCAGGAUUGAAACCCAAGCAUGAUUUUGUAGCCUGUGCCCCUUCCGCUACACCUACCCCAUUGUAGUUCGCUUUAGGCUCCAAACAUAAAAGUGGUUGGUACUCAGUACCUACAUGCAAAGUGUGUAUGGAUGGGAUGGGUGGCGGGGAAGGUAUGAAAAAGAUCUAUUCCUUUCCUAUUCUCCUCUCCUCACACCUGUCCACCUUCCCAUCUGCCCUCUCCAUCCACAGAAUAACUAUAAAAUGUUUACCUUCUCUGUACUUCAAAUUGCACUAAGUACUACUUGAGAAAUUUAACUCCUUCCAUAUAACAACCCCAUGAAGUAGAAACUGUUAAGUUUUCCCAGUUUACAAAGGAGCAGCAGGGGUAACUAAGGGUUGCAGGUGCUACCAAACUCACCCAGGGUCACAGAGAGGGGUCAAGCCCAGAUGGGCUGGAUGGACUACC